CAGCAGGCAGCAGUGAGCGCAUCACCGGAGAUGCAAAAAGUGCGCAGGAGCCGAGCAGAGGAAUCGACGAGAAAAGAAGGAACCUGAGCAGCCAGAAGAGCAUCGGUUGGACCUUCGAACAAUGAGGAAACCAGUCGAUAUUUAGCUGUCAGGAAAGGAGAAAAGAAACACAACGCAAAGAAAAAACAAGCGGAAUCUCCACCAAGAACAGAGCUUCAGCUUGGUGAUCCGUGUCGGCGCGCGCAGCCUCCCCCAGAAAAAUGACGACACCAGGACAGUGAUUUUUUUCCUCUUCAUCCAGCUCCUUAUUUUAUUUUAUAUUAUUUCAUUUUUUUUAAACAAUGUGCUGGGAGUUUAUCUCCUGAGCACAAAAAGAAGGGACGACUCAUCCCCGAACGCGGUCGCCAAGCCGAGCGCGCAGAGAGCUGCCAUCACCUCCAUCGCAUAAUUACGCAGAGAUAUUCCCGUUUCGCCGAGGUGCAGAGGGGGGGAUUUUUCCAACGUCCCAGUGAGAACUUACUAUGUGAGUACAGUUUUGAAAAGCUCCAGCCUUCACGGGCGAUGAGCACUUUACGACGCAGCAUCUGAGAAAACCUGUUAAAACUGCGACCGACCGGYGCGUUUGGAUACCUCAUCCGAGUGCCGCCUGAUUUUUAUUUUUAUUUUUUCCCUCCCUCCCUCCCAUAUGGCUUCUAUCUUCAACGUUUGUGGACAACUCCUACAUUAUUGAUAGUUCAUGGCUGUAAAGAGUAGCAGCAGCAGUGCGUGCCUAAAGAGGACAGAGCAAGUCUAAGCUGGGGGGGUGCGAAGACAUUUCACUUUUAUGUCCAAACAGGAGACAUUGCGCACGGACACUGCAACGAGCACAACACGGAAUCCUUUCGUCGCUCCCUCCGCUGCUGCCAUCGUAGUAUGUCUGCACUUCGAAAGAAAUUUGGGGACGAUUAUCAGGUAGUGACCACCUCAUCCAGCGGGUCUGGAUUCAAUCAGCCCCCCGCGGAGAAGAAGAAGAAGAGGCAGCGCUUCGUGGACAAGAACGGUCGAUGCAACGUCCAGCAUGGGAACCUGGGCGGCGAGACCAGCAGGUACCUCUCGGACUUGUUCACAACCCUGGUAGACUUGAAAUGGCGCUGGAACCUGUUUAUUUUCAUCCUCACCUACACGGUGGCGUGGCUCUUCAUGGCCUCCAUGUGGUGGUUCAUCGCCUACAUCAGAGGGGACCUCAACAAAGCCCACAACGACAAGUACACUCCAUGCGUGGCCAACGUCUACAACUUCCCCUCAGCCUUCCUGUUCUUCAUAGAAACCGAGGCCACGAUAGGAUACGGCUACAGAUACAUCACGGACAAGUGCCCCGAGGGCAUCAUCCUCUUCCUGUUCCAGUCCAUCCUCGGGUCGAUCGUCGACGCGUUCCUGAUCGGCUGCAUGUUCAUCAAGAUGUCUCAGCCCAAGAAGAGGGCCGAGACGCUGAUGUUCAGCGAGCACGCGGCGAUCUCCAUGCGUGAUGGAAAACUCACGCUCAUGUUCAGGGUCGGCAACUUGCGUAACAGCCAUAUGGUCUCUGCACAGAUCCGCUGCAAACUGCUCAAAUCUCGCCAAACGCCAGAAGGCGAGUUCCUUCCGCUGGAUCAGCUGGAGCUGGACGUGGGUUUCAGCACUGGGGCAGACCAGCUCUUUCUCGUCUCGCCGCUGACGAUCUGCCAUGUGAUCGACACCAAAAGCCCCUUCUACGACCUCUCGCAGAGGUCCAUGCAAACAGAGCAGUUUGAGAUCGUGGUGAUACUUGAAGGCAUCGUCGAGACCACAGGGAUGACCUGCCAAGCGAGGACAUCCUACACGGAGGACGAGGUGCUGUGGGGACAUCGCUUCUUCCCCGUCAUCUCCCUGGAGGAGGGCUUCUUCAAGGUGGACUACUCCCAGUUUCACGCCACGUUCGAGGUGCCUACCCCUCCUUACAGCGUGAAGGAGCAGGAGGAGGCCCUGCUCCUCUCCUCGCCCCUCAUGGCCCCGUCCCUGUGCAACAGCGGGGAGAAGAACAGCUCGCUGGACUGCCUGGAAACCCUGGAGGACAAUGACAGCACCACCAAGCUGCCUACCAAGCUGCAGAAGAUCACGGGGCGGGACGGCCUGCCCAAGAAGCUGCUGAGGAUGAGCUCCACCACCUCGGAGAUGACUUACAGCUUCGGAGACCUGCCCAUGAAGCUGCAACGGAUCAGCUCUGUUCCCGGAGUCUCAGAGGAUAAGCAGGCUGGUAAGACCUGUAAGAUCAGCACGGAGCCCAUCAGUAAGUCGGUGGCGGACUUACCACCGAAACUGCAGCGACUGGCUGGGGGCGGAGGGGGCAGGAUGGACGGACACUUACCACCUAAACUUAGGAAGAUGAAUUCAGAUCGCUUUACAUAAAGCAGGAAACAUAUUUUAAAUCCUGCUAUACUCUUUUCCCGCCUCCCCACUGAAACUCAAAUCCUUGUACUAUUGCUAAUUUAUUAACGGACCAUAUUCUUAUAUUAAAGAAGAUGUAGAAUAUGUGCACAAAUACCUUAUAUAAAUUAGGGUGAUGGGAAUGAGCACGUGUUCCUGGAGUGGACAUGCUCCCAUGAAAGACCUCAGAUUUAUUUUCUUCUAUUUUAAUUUAUUAUAAUUUGUUUUGCUUUUUGUUUUUCUUUGUUCUCUAAGAUGAUGUACAAUUAGCACAAUUUGGCAUGUAAGAAACGGCGCAUGUAGAAUCGAAUCUCAGUUUCUGGCAUGACAAUUUCUUCACAUCUUAUUUUAUGGGAAGAAUUUCAUCAGUGAAGUUACAGACAGUGGAAAAAGUUGCACAAAGCCAUAUGAUUUAGAAAACCUACAUCACACAGAUCUGAUUUGUAGUGACAAAAGGCACAUUAUGUUCGUUUUGAGUUGAUUGCUUUUGUUGUUUAAUGUAAAAUUGUGGCGAUGUUACGUUUGAUUGCAUGCUCCUCUUACUGGCUUAGCUAUACGGAGGUAAUAGAAAAAGAUGUUUAGCCUUAACUAUAUUACCUUGUUUCCAUUUUCAUGUUUGUUCACAGCUGUAUUUUUUGGUAUUUCAUAUACAAACUAUUUUACCAUGUGCGGUUUUAUGACUUUAUCCGAGGAUACAAUACAGAGCGUGCUGCUAGAUGAUGCUUAAUAUAUUUGCAAAUGCAUUAUUAGCAUCAGUGGAACGGGGCACAAUGCUACACGGUUUUUACUUGCUUAUCGAUGUAACACUUAAGUUGAAACCCUCUAUAACCGUAUUUGAUAAGCACAAAACAAUCAUUAUAUCAAUCCUUAUAAUAUUAGAAAGCAUUUAUGAGCAUUUAACAAAAUGCAAUCUUAAGUGGAACAGUGCUGUCAUUCAAAAAUAAAGCGUCAUUAGACUUUCAACUUAGGUGUUACUGGUUAGAAUUUGUUGGCUUGUAAUAAAAAUUACAAUCUUUGUUUUCAGGGCCCACUUUUUCUUCCUUUUUGAUGAAAGCAAUAAUAAAAUAUUGACUACAAUCUAUAGCCACAAGCUCCAUCACAGUCCCAUAACAAUAUUCUUUCUGUUUCCUGAAUCCGUGCCAUGAAAUCUGGUUUUCUCUAAAUGCAUCGGAGACAUUGUAUGAUAACCAAUUUCUUCAGGAAUAAAGAUCUAACGUAA